CCCAUCUUCCCCAUUGUUCACUGGCAUCAUUGUUGGUCUCACCCACAGCUGCUCAGCCAUGGCCCCCAAAAAAGCCAAAAAGAGGACAGCAGAGGGAGCCAAUUCCAAUGUGUUCUCCAUGUUUGAGCAGGCCCAGAUUCAGGAAUUCAAGGAGGCCUUCACCAUCAUGGACCAGAACAGGGACGGUUUCAUCGACAAGAACGACCUGAGGGACACUUUUGCAGCACUCGGACGCCUGAAUGUGAAACAGGAAGAGAUUGAUGAGAUGCUCAAAGAAGCUCCAGGCCCAAUCAACUUCACCAUCUUUCUCACCAUGUUUGGGGAGAAACUGAAAGGUGCUGAUCCAGAAGAGACCAUCCUCAAUGCGUUUAAAGUCUUUGACCCCGAGGGGAAAGGCGUACUGAGGAAGGACUAUGUGACACAAAUGCUGACAACACAAGCCGACCGAUUCACCCCAGAAGAGAUGGAGCAGAUGUUUGCUGCCUUCCCCCCAGAUGUGGCAGGGAACCUGGACUACAAGAACCUGGUUCACAUCAUCACCCACGGAGAGGAAAAAGACCAGGAGUGAUCUUAGGUCUCUUAAAGGGACAGAGACGUGAGGAAAUACAUUAUAUGGACUGUGGUCAAUUUAUGCUGGUGCCAUAGCUUCUUUGCCCAAAGAUCACACAAUAGGAUCAAGACCAGACCCUCCCCAAACAGCGGACGCGUGCCAGAACCUACACCGCAUUUCACAUUAGUCCCAUUCUUGUUUUUAUUCCCCCAUCCAUCGCGUCUGUGCUUGUUUGUCAAAUAAAAGUUUUUCAUUAAAUACUUUCCUGCUUCAUUUCUCAUGAUGUUGCUACGCUCA